CUCCGCAACCCCGCCAUUCUGUAACCAACAACCAUGGCUUCAGAAACCAAGAUUUUGCCCAAGAAGGGCGAGCGGAACGUUCUCAUCACAAGUGCUCUGCCUUAUGUCAAUAAUGUGCCUCACUUGGGCAACAUUGUAGGUUCAGUUCUCAGUGCCGACGUCUUCGCUAGAUAUCACAAAGCUUGCGGACGACAGACUCUUUACAUCUGUGGAACAGAUGAGUACGGCACUGCAACGGAGACGAAGGCCUUGGAGGAGAAGGUGACGCCGGAGGAACUCUGUGCCAAAUACAACAAGAUCCAUCAGGAUGUGUACGAGUGGUUCGAAAUCGGUUUCGACCAUUUCGGCCGCACUCCCACCCAGCAGCACACAGAAAUCUCGCAGGCAAUUUUCAAGAGGCUUUACGAUAAUGGAUACCUGACGGAGAAGACCGCGGAACAGCCAUUCUGCGAGGCGCACGGGUCUUUUUUAGCGGACCGCUAUGUCGAGGGAGAGUGCCCGCGGUGCCACUACGAAGAUGCUCGAGGAGAUCAGUGCGACAAGUGCGGCCACCUUCUCGAUCCUUUUGAUCUCAUCAAACCUCGCUGUAAGCUCGAUGGAGCUACGCCCGUGCGCCGCUCCACGAAACAUAUUCACCUUCUUCUUGACAAACUGCAGCCUGAGAUUGAGAAAUGGGUUCUCCCCGCCAUGGAGAAAGGCAACUGGCCCAAAAAUUCUAGGGACAUCACCAAGGCAUGGUUGAAGGAAGGCUUAAAGGACCGUGGCAUCACCAGAGAUCUCAAAUGGGGUGUUCCAGUUCCCCUCCCUGGAUUCGAGAAUAAAGUUCUCUACGUGUGGUUCGAGGCCUGCAUCGGCUAUCCGUCGAUCACGGCCAACUACACUGCAGAUUGGGAGAAGUGGUGGCGCAAUCCGGAGGAGGUUGAACUGUAUCAGUUCCUUGGCAAGGAUAAUGUGCCCUUUCACAGUGUGAUUUUCCCUGGGUGCGAGCUCGGAACCAAGGAUAAGUGGACCAUGCUGCACCAUCUCAGUACCACUGAGUAUCUGAACUACGAGGGAGGCAAGUUUAGCAAGUCUAGAGGAGUCGGCGUCUUCGGAAACAACGCCAGGCAGACUGGCGUGCCCCCAGAUGUGUGGCGGUACUACCUUUUGAAGAAUCGUCCGGAGACUGGCGACACCCAGUUCGAAUGGCGUCCGUUCGUCGAAUGCAAUAACAGCGAAUUGUUGGCCAAAUUGGGUAACCUGGUUAACCGUGUCGUCAAGCUGAUUGCAGCUUCUUAUGACUCCACUAUUCCUGAGUUCACCGUUCCCGAGAGCUUUCAGCCGAACUUGGACGAGAUCACAAGCCUCCUGCGACAGUACAUUGAAGAGAUGGAAGGCGUGCAUCUUCGCGCAGGUAUUAACACCGCGAUGAGGCUCGCGGAGGCUGGAAACGGUCUCAUCCAGGCCAAUCGACUUGACAACGCCCUCAUUGCCAACGAACCUGACCGGGCUGCCGCGGUUGUUGGUACCGUCAUCAACUUGAUCCACCUUCUCUCCAGUGUCUUUGCUCCUUACCUUCCUGCUACCUCCAGGUCUAUUCUCGAGCAGCUGAACGCGCCCUUUGGAGUCAUCCCAUCUCUUGAUGAACUCAAAGAUGGCUGGAAACCGGUGGCCCUGAAGGGAGGCCACAAGAUCGGUAAGGCCAAGUAUCUCUUCUCUCGCAUCGACCCGAAGAAGGCCGAUGAAUGGCGUGAGCUGUUCGGCGGAUCUCAGGCAGACAGACAGAAGAAGGAGGAUGAAGCUGCCAAGGCUGCUGCAAAGAAGGCAGCCAACAAAGCAAGCAAACUGAAGAAGAAGGAGAAGAAAGCGGCACAGGCAGCUUCAACUAGUGUUGAGGCUUCCGCUAAGGGAGGUGCAGAGGGGACUGAUACUACUACGGAGGGGAAGAACGAUGAAGCGGUUGAGAAGGUUGUCGAUGGCAUGGCCCAGGUCACGAUCCCAACAUCGUGAGCUCUCAUUCAUUAUCCAAUGAAUUCUGAGAUUUUUACUCCCCAAGAGGCUUGAAAAGCCUGGAAUGACAGUCUUACAUGAUAUCGAAAGUCAUUGUGAUGGCUGGAGUGGUUUGGGUUCUCGAAUCCCUCGUGGUGUCUUGGAGAUGACCGGCUGGCAUGAGAUACGAUGUAGGAGAAAUGACAAAGUAUUACUAAGAUUUAUUGACGAUACCCUUCGCCAAGCAGAUUACUGACUUCAACUUGAUUUUAU